AUGACUCACAGCGGCUGGCAGGGCUCUGGCGAGGCUGGCCCCGUCCCCGCGCUCCAGUCCGCAGCAGAUGCCUGCCCGGCCCUCCCUCCCUCCCUCCCUCGCCGGCCAAGCCCGCUCGGAGCCCGCGGCUGCGGGAGCGCCCGGCGCGGCCGUGGGACCCGGGCGGCGGGGACAGCGCCCGCACCUCCCGCAGGCGUGCGCUCUGUCCGCGCCACCCUGGGCCGGGUGGUGGGGGGCGCCUCUCCGCCCGCCUCCACGGCCCCAGCCGGGCACUCCGGAAAGUUGCUAGGGCCCAGGAGGCGGGAGGGGAGGAAGGGAGGAGAGAGAGGCGGAGCUGAGGACAGAGGAGCCGCCGCCGCCCGCAGCGAGGCUCGGCUGCCUGGGAGGAGAGUGCGGGGGCGGAGGUGGCGGAGGACAGAAGGUGUCAGCUCCUGCAGCUCUUCCCUUUUCUCGAAGACGCGCGCUCCUGACAUCCACAACCCCUCCCUCUCCACCUGCCCAGCGUCGCGGCGACCAGACCCGGGGGCAUCCCUCCUACUGACCCCCCGUCCCCUAGGGAAAGGGAAGGAGCGGCCGCCGCGGGCCCUGGGGGCUCACCAGGGCUGCCAUCCCCACCCGCUCGCCGAGUCGGCUGGGUGCGCGCGGGCGGCAGCGGUUCCCGCCCCGGUGAAGGCCCCGCGGCGCAAGCCAGCCCCGGGGAAAGCCCGCGCCGCCUCGGCGCCCGGCGGCGUCCCGGCCCCCGCGCUGCCCGGGUCCCGCUCCGGCCGGUGCGCGUCCGCUCGGCGCCCCCGGCGCGGCCCUGGUGCCGGGAGGCCGCGCGGGUGCCACUCGGCGCGCGAAGACUCUGCCCGCGGGGACCGGCCCUCGCCCUCCACCCGCCCGGGCCUCGCCGCCCCCGCCCGGCCCGGCUCUUACCGCGGGGUCAGCCGGGAGGCGGCGGCCGGAGCGCUCGCGCUGCCGUUGGUCCGCUCCGGGCUCGGCGCCAGCCCGGCCGCCGGUGCACAGUCGCGCGGGGCCCGGCCCGGCGGCCCGGUCGACGGUGGACGCUGGUGUGCGGCGGGCGAGGGUCCCGGCAGGUCCCGCCGCCGCGACUGGGGCGCCGCGCCGCCGUCGCUGCAGACGGUUAUGGUAAUGAGCGGCUCUGUCUAGCGAGGAGCGUGUGAAACCCGUCAAUCCUGUUUGCCAUUUCCCCGUGGAUUUCCGAGGAGAGGUUCUGCAGGAUGCCCCCAGGUGAUCCUCCGACUGUGAAAAACCAAACCUCUUGCUGCCUGGCUCCCUAGGAAUCAAGGAGAGGCACAGACUGAAAAUCAGAGAGGGAAGGAGUAAGAUCAAGGACGACGAUUAGCAUCUGCAAAUUGAACUCUAUCUAAUUUGCAUGUUUAUUUCUUAGAAUUGUAAUUAAAUUUGUGUAAUAAAUGUUUUCCAUUUCAUUUGUACACUUAAAAUUUGGGUGACUGACAUGCAGUUAAGUGAAUUUCUUUUCUUUUUUAAACAAAUGUAGUUUAUUCAAUAAAGCGGCAAACAAAUAUUAGACAUAAUUAGAACUAAUCUACUUUGAAGGUAUUUUUGUUGAACUUUGUACACUUAAAGUCUCUCAGAGGUUUUAAGGGUAUUAGGAAGCUGAGAGAAGGUAAUUAUGCUGAAAACAGCCUAACUCCACAGAUUUCCAGGAGCAUGAUUUCAUUUUUUCCAAAAAGACAUUUCAGGGUUGCAUGCCUCAAGUUGGGAAUUGGGCAGC